UUGGCAAUAUCUCUACAAAGAUUUCAUUCUUCCUCGACAAUGAGAAGGCAAUGUCUGUGGAAUUAGAAGUUGCUUUUGCUUGGAAGUCGAUAUAUAUAACCAAUAAAGUGGAACUAUUGAUAUGCAGAGCUGCAGGAAUAUACAAAGAUCCCUUCGAGACUAGUAUCGAUGCGAAAGAAAUAAGUGUUUACGAACUCGAACGAUCAAAUAGGACUGACACCAACACAUUAGUUAAGGUGAUUUCACUCACACCAGGAAUUUAUCAUUUUGUAUUUCGGGCAUUUCGAAGCAAAGAUGGAGAUUGUAAACUCAUUACAUCAGAUUUCUACGACAAGACGUGUCUGGCAACAGGAAGAGAAGUGAAUUACGUCGAAGUAUUGGCUCCAAACCAUCACAGAAGUCUGAAUUAUUCAUCGAUUUCAACUAGAGAGGAUAGUUUCCAUACUGCAUACGAAAACUUCUCUGAUAGUUCGAAAGCUCCCUUACUUGAUAACUACGAUCAUGAGGAAAAAGGUCUAUGUUGCACACUGUUAUAACGAAUCCAUACAACAUCCGUCGAUCCUAAACAAGCCAGAGGAACCCUUCAAGCCGCUUGAAUUGGGCUACAAUGAAACCAUGGCAAGCAAGCAUGUUUGACAGGUUCUUCCCCUCUCUUGCUCGUUUACCUGUGAUGUAAAUGGUGCUGACAAUUUAGGCCUAUAGACACAUCCGCGUUUUUCUCGGGCCGUUUUUGACCGGUUGUUACGGAGGCCUGUGAAGCGUCUCGCGACUUUAGCCUGCUUAGCGGCGCUCUAAGGGUUUGGCGAGGCGGGAGGGGAGGGGAAGGGAGGGUGGAGGAUGGACUCGCUACGAAGGCUACUCGACUUUAAAGCAGGCAAAACAAAAUCAGUAUAUAAUGGCCAAAAGGCAAUUUUCUACAAAAUACUUCAACAAAAUUGAACUUUGGCCUCGAAGUAACAUAAGAAAAGCAGCAUUUUUAGAAAGUUACUGUCGUCCACCCCAAACCGUGAACACUCGAGUUUGUCAACCAAUCAGAUUAAGAGUGGAAAAGAAUAGAAUUCGAGUUAUUGAAAUGAGUUAUCGAAUGUAUUGAAAGUAAAAGACAGUAAAAGGUAAUUCUGGAAUGUA